AUGUCAGUAGAGUGUUCACUGGCCCAUGGGAUUGGUAUGUCCGUAGAGGUCGACGCGGAAGAAUACCACCCCCAGCAGCAACAGCAGCAGCCGACGACCGUCACCGAUGAUGCUGCUGCCGCUGUAGCACCCUCUCUCAUGGUGCGGUUUGUGCACUUCCUCUGGGCAUGCUACAACCGCAUUGACGCACCGCUCGAAGCUUUGCUCCAGCAGAGCGUGGAGCUGGCACGGUUUGUUGAGUCCAAUCAAGGCCAAAGUUUCCUUCCGCAUCAUCAGCAGCAAGUACGCUGGGCCCUGUGGGAGCUCCUGCACGACGCAGCGGGGCGCGAGUCGAGCGUGGUGGUGAUGGAAAAGGAGUCACGGUUGUACGGUGGGUGGAGCAAAACAGCAGUAAAGCGGGCUUCACCUUCAGUGUCCUGCGCCGACCACAAAGGAGGUCUGAGCGCUCUUGCUACGUAUGGUAACAACAACAACAGCAGCAGCAGUGAUAACAAAAAUAGCAGCAGCAGCAGCAGCAGUAAUCACGCAGCCGUAGUGGCAGGGGUGCCUGGGAAGGUGUGGCAUGCCAUGAGCGAGGCGGAGGAGGACGCGCUUCUUGCAGCGUUACGGGCCCGUGGGCACUAUCACAUGCGUAUUCCGCGUCACGCCCAGAGUUGCCCGCGGCGUGACGGCAACAAGCGCACAUCACAUGUGUCCGCGCCGUCCUUCCGAUCCCGACUACAUGACUCCCUUAUGAUGGCUGUCAAUGGGCCGACAAAAGUAGUAGAAACAACAACAGCAACAACAUCGGAGCACUACACGGAGCCACAGACUCGGCAUAACAGCACAUCUGUUGAUGGUGGCGCCGGGGCACAUGGUGACCCACACGCUGUUAUUGGCACAGUGGAAUCACUCACGACGGGCUGUUCCUUGUGCACUGCGCAAGGACUAAUUCAGGGUUGCUGGGUGUCUCUGCGUCUGCUGCAGCUGAUGGAUAUGGUGGCUGCCACCCAUCUCUGCGCCACCCCGCUGCUCGUUCCGCACGAAGCCUUAUCAACAAGGCCAUGCGAAGCGCUCUGCGUUGGCUACCAUGUUGCACAGCAUCAACUACAGCUUGCUAUUGGGCUUAUGCUCUCCAUCGUGGCGCCGCCCUUAUCGUCGUCGCCGGUAUCCUCCGCAGCACCUGGGGGACAUACCGCGGACCCCAUGUUGGACGACGAAAAGGAGCACCACGCCAAAGCCUCCGCGGCUAUUGGAGCACUGGCACUGCAUGGGCUUGACGUUUGCGUCCACCUCCUAGCGGCGCUGCGGUGCCUGCAGCCAGACAAUGUCUACGUGGUUCUCCUUCACGCUGCGGUGCUGUCGUUCUGUGACCAGCAUGGCGUCAGCAAGGCGAGAAAGCUUCUCCGGGACUUCGCCACUACAACAGUGUCAAACGCAGCAGCAGCAGCAGCAGCAACAAAGACAGAUACAGACGCUGCGCUAUCUUCCAGCAAGGAGUUUCCGGACGAUUGCGACGCCUACGAUAUGUGGCUCCUUGUAGAGUCUUCGCUACGAACGAGCAGUGGAAUGGAGGUUAAGGAUGAACGAACGCUUCUUCUUCUGGAACAGAUGGUGACAGGAGUUCUCUUUACUGUGUUCUUGCAGCUUGUGGAACUGAAGGAGCUGCCACCACCUCCCACGCACUGUCAGCGCCCGAGCAGCCAUGGCGAGGCAGCAGCAGCAUGUCUUCGCGCGCGUGAAGCACUCGACACCAUUGUACGACCGCGGCUGCUCAAGCUGUGCGAUGCCGCAGAUGGAGCGAUCAGCACCCGCGGCUGUCAGUCAGAGUCGCUCUACUGGCUUCUGCGUGGCACACUGUGCCACAUCCUAAAUGCGCUCUCUAUGACCCCUUCCACUGAGGUGGCACACAUCUUUGACGCGGAGGAGACAACGGCGUGCACCCGCGAGGCUGUGAAGCGUGGCGAGGCGGCACGGGAGUUCGUGGGCCACCCACUCGCGCCGCAGUGGGUGAACGCGCUGCUAAGCGACAGCGAAGCGCCAAAGCACACGGCACUUGGGGAGUGGCGGCUGCAGAUAGAGAAGACCGUGUGGAGCGGCAAUGACACGGCAACGGUGGAGGGUGGGCUGCCAGGGUGGGAGCGCGUCACGGAUGUGGCACUCCUGCCGCCGGCGGCGAUGCGGAUGUGGAUGGUGCUCACGCGGACGCUGUUUCGCAGCGUCUCUGCGGACUUGGUAGUGGCGCGUGCACGCGAUGACGUGGAGGCUGCAACUGCCUCUGCGCCUCCGGAGCGGGAACAGACGGGUGGUGACUCUUUUUCCGACACACAAAACGCCAAAAGAAAGGAAAAGAAGGGUGUGGCGGCGCAGCGAGCUGUAAUGGCGGAGCGGGAGAACGCACAUAAGAUUGCAGAAGUUCAAUGUCGUACUGAGCAGUCUUCAAUCGGGUUCUGGUUUCGCUGGCGCAAGGCAUUUGUUGCCUAUCGACUGCUGAGCACCGUGACGGAUGGGCGGCCCUCAUUGCUUGAGCGGUACCGCCAGUUGCUGCUGGCUGGCGGUUGUAAAGACACGGGCGUGGUGACGAGUUUCAUGCUCGCUCUGCAAGCGAUCUGUCCUAUCGCGCCAAGUCAGCAGGAGGCGUUGGCGAUGGCACAACUCUUUCCUGCAGCAGCUGUGCUGCAGGAGGGCGAACAGGAGUUUUCAUUGGCUACACUAGAUGGAAGACUGCGCGAGGCGUGGCAGCGCUACGACCUCCAGUGCGUACAGCCAGCGAUGGCGCACAGUGCUGGGGAAUGUGUCGGCAGUCAAACUCCUGCAGUGGUGGUGGAGCCGCGCAAGACGGUGGAAGAUGGUAACCGGAACGGACGAAUCCCCACAAAAGUGGCAGUGGCGGGGCAAAAUAGAAGACGGUCACUUCAAUCACAACGACAACAGCAGCUGCCAGUCGGUGCGUUGAACACUUCGGCCCUGCCACCUCGCCGGAGGGUGGUUGCGCGACUGGUACCCUUGGCGACCGACUCGUCCCCUUCCCAAGCGUUAGGUGGGCCAUCCUCCUCCGCAGUGCAGGCGAUCCAGCGGAAACUGCCGUCUUAA